GGGAGGAGGCAGAGAUUCCUCUUUUAAAAUAGAACUCUACAAAAUUGUUUUGGUGUAUAAUGAAGUAUAACCUACACAGCUGUGAUUGGAUUUAAGGACAGGUUAAAUACGGAUGCCCUUGGCAGCUGCUGCAAUCUUCUGCUUCUCAUGUCCAUCAGAGACUCUUGUUACAUAAAAUGGGACAUCUGGCAGCCUGUGUAGUCCAGUCUCCUGGAGCCAGCAGUGUGCCGAUGGCCAGUUCUUCCGAGCUGGAGGUUUGGGUAAUGGGGCAAAGGUUUUGUGCCAAGCAGCGAGCACGUUACAGGCUGUGUGACUAUAGUCCGCUUUCUUCCCCCUUGUUGUUUCAUUGUAAUCCACUUCUGCAUGGGGAUUUAGGUCUCUGGAAAACAUUCAAAGGCCUCUCUUGAGCAGCGGGGCAAAAUCUCAUAAAGCUUUGGGAGGAUUUGAGUGGUGAAAGACACUUCUGUUCCCCAGGGCCCAGCUGAUUGGCUCAUAUGUUUCCAUAAAGCUGUUGCUCCCGUCAGUAAGACCUAACGUUCAUAUAAAUACCCAGCACACAUCUCCGACUGCCUUACUCUGCAUUUGGCUCAGGGAAGUUCAAAUCCUUUCCUGGGGAGAAAAUGGCCAGCCAAGUUGAACAUCCAGCAGGUGGAUACAAGAAGCUCUUUGAGACCGUGGAGGAACUUUCCUCACCAAUAACUGCUAAUGUCACAGGCAGGAUUCCAGUCUGGCUCAGAGGCAGUUUACUCAGAUGUGGGCCGGGUUUAUUUGAAGUUGGCUCAGAACCAUUUUAUCAUUUGUUUGAUGGCCAAGCACUUCUUCACAAGUUUGACUUCAAGGAGGGGCAUGUCACUUAUCACAGGAGGUUUAUCCGGACCGAUGCCUAUGUAAGGGCAAUGACCGAGAAGAGAGUUGUAAUUACAGAAUUUGGCACCUAUGCUUACCCGGAUCCAUGCAAGAAUAUAUUUUCCAGAUUUUUUUCAUACUUUCAAGGUGUGGAGGUCACCGACAAUGCCCUGGUGAAUGUGUACCCUGUGGGUGAAGAUUUUUAUGCCUGUACCGAGACAAACUUCAUAACAAAAAUUAACCCAGAGAAUUUGGAAACAAUUAAAAAGGUGGAUAUCAGCAAAUACGUUUCUGUCAAUGGAGUAACAGCACACCCCCACGUUGAGAAUGAUGGAACCGUUUACAAUAUAGGCAACUGCUUUGGAAAGAAUUUUUCCCUUGCCUACAACGUUGUACGGAUACCUCCCCUGCAAGCAGAUAAGAAAGAUCCAAUGACCAAAUGCGAGGUGAUUGUUCAGUUUCCUUGCAGUGACAGGUUCAAGCCAUCUUAUGUGCACAGCUUUGGAUUGACUCCAAAUUACAUCGUAUUUGUGGAAACACCAGUGAAAAUCAACUUGCUCAAGUUUCUUUCUUCCUGGAGUCUUUGGGGUGCCAACUACAUGGAUUGUUUUGAGUCAAAUGAAAAAAUGGGGGUAUGGAUGCAUGUAGCUGAUAGGAAAAAAAAGAAGUACCUCAACAUCAAAUACAGGACGUCACCUUUUAACCUUUUUCAUCACAUCAACACCUAUGAAGAUCAUGGUUUUCUGGUUGUGGAUUUAUGCACAUGGAAGGGGUUUGAGUUUGUUUACAAUUACUUAUAUUUAGCCAAUUUACGGGAGAACUGGGAAGAAGUGAAGAAAAAUGCCCAGAAAGCUCCUCAACCUGAAGUUCGUCGAUACGUCCUUCCUCUAAAUAUUGAGAAGGCUGACACAGGCAAAAACUUAAUCACACUGCCUAAUACGACAGCUACUGCAGUUCUGCACAGUGACGAAACCAUCUGGCUAGAGCCAGAAGUUAUUUUUUCAGGGCCCCGCCAAGCUUUUGAGUUUCCACAAAUAAACUAUACAAAGUAUUCUGGGAAACCGUACACAUAUGCAUAUGGACUUGGAUUGAAUCACUUUGUUCCAGACAGACUUUGCAAGAUGAAUAUCAAAACAAGAGAGACAUGGGUAUGGCAAGAACCAGAUGCCUAUCCCUCUGAACCAAUCUUUGUUUCACACCCAGAUGCCCUGGAAGAGGAUGAUGGUGUUGUCCUGAGCAUUGUCAUUAGUCCUGGAAGUGGACCAAAGCCUGGCUACCUUUUGAUCUUGAGUGCAAAGGACAUGAGCGAAGUCGCCAGGGCAGAAGUGGACAUAAACAUCCCAGUUACUUUUCAUGGACUCUUCAAACGAGCAUGAUGGUUUCACCUUCACUAGACCUAUUAUUAAAACCUGACUUUUAGCAUAACGGAUGCAGCUACAAACUGUACUUAAAAAACUACACUCUUCCAAGUAUCUGCCCUCGAGGACCUGUAGAAGUAUUUUAACAUUUCAAAGAACUGCACCCUGACAGAAUUCAAGAAUACUUUUAUUAUCCUCAUGUACUGUAGAGAAACAAAUGGUAUAUGAAACUGUCAGCAUUUGGUAUUUUUCAUUCAACAAAUAAAUUUAACUGAAAAGAA